AUGAACAAUAACAAUAACAUAAACUAUUCAUCAUUAAUAUCGAAUGAUCAUGAAACUGGUUCAUCGGGCGAACCUUUGCGCAUUUUUGACGCAGCCUACAAUAAUUAUUCUACACAUCCAAAUUCCUAUUCUGAUUAUACACCUAUACCAUCGAAAAUCGAAGCAUUCGAUUACAAUUAUUGGCCAGCGACUAACACACAUAAUAUUUUAGCUAAUCAAAAUAUUGCAGCUAUUGAUCAAGCUCAAACACAGCAAUCCUUAAAUCCAACAUUAGAAACACUUGUACCUGUUCCAUCUGUACAGUUAUCACAAUUAAAUGCAUCAGCUACAAUUUCAGCCACACAUCAUCAUCAUCAUAUCCAUCAGCAUCUCUAUCCACCGACACCAUCAACUCCGCCGCAAACAUGCAAUGAUUCAUCAACAUGGCUUGGCUCAGGUAAUUAUCAAGCAUUACAUCCAACUCCAACACCAAAUCCAUCAUCUUAUCGGCAUUAUUCAAAUCCAUGUCCAUUUUAUCCAACAAAUAAUUUCUAUGAUCCAUCACAACCACAGUGGACAUCACAGCCAACGAUUCCCAUUAAAUUCGAGUCUUCCUAUAGUCCACCGCUAUAUUUUGAAACUGGAACUCAUUGUCAAGAGCAAACAUCUAAAGAUGAAUUAUCAAAUUCGCCUCAACAAUCAAAUUGGCUUAAACAUGAAUCUUCAUCACUACAGUUAAAUUCAGUACCACCAAAAAAUCCAUUGAACGGAAAAACACGUACACGCGACAAAUAUCGUAUCGUUUAUACCGAUCAACAACGAUAUGAACUUGAAAAUGAAUUUAUCAUAUCAAAAUAUAUUUCAAUUCCACGUAAAUCAGCUCUAUCAUUGACAUUAUCAUUGAGUGAACGACAAAUUAAAAUUUGGUUUCAAAAUCGUCGUGCGAAAGAACGUAAAUUAAAUAAAAAACGACACGAUGUAACUUCGUCGCGUCAAUUAAAUAACUCAAAUGAUGUUGAUUCACCAAGUGAUGGCGGCGUUGAAAGUCCAAAUUAUUACCAAAAUUAUACGUCGCAUGAUUAUUUACAGCAACAGCAACAACAACAACAGCUAAAAAGCGCUGCUGCUGAAAUGGAUUUGAGCGUGCUCUGGUGUCUCGGACCAGAUUUUGACAAACAAACAGUAAGCAGUUUGCUCAAUGAUAGUUAUUGUGUUGAAUCAGGUUUGACGCAAUCGAUUACAUCAAAUUGGUGGAUGUCGAGUCCAUCGAAAUGGAAUAAUUCAUUGAUGCAUGAAUCAGGUAUCUAUACACCUCGUUCAGUCAUGAGUGAACUUGAACCGCAAUCACCUACGAGCGGUUCUAUAAGACGACCUUUAUCUGAUGCUAGCAAUCGAAGAAUUUCUAGUCGAUCAUUAACUAAUAGUAAACCACCACCACCACCACCACCGCCGCCGAAAUUGGAAUUUUCAACACCAGUACGAUCGCAUACACUUGAUAUAUACAAUCGAGUAUCAUCAUCUGUUAAACGAACACGUGCUGCACCUACCCUUGCUCCGUCUUCAACAUUUGAAACACCACCAACACAAGCAAUACCUUCAGCAUCACGAACUGUAGAAAUUGCUCUUCUACUCAAAGAACACACAGAUUAUACUUGUGUACUUGUUACACUAAUUCAAGAAUAUCAAAGCCGAUUUCAAAAGCCUCUUCAUGUCAGUGAAUUAUAUACAAUGAAACAUGUCAUCGAUAUUCAGGAAUAUCGAGGUAAUCGAGUUGCACGUCUAUUGCCUGCAUUUCGUACUCAUUUCGAUGAAAAUCAUAUUCAUACUCAACUCGAACAACCAUUUUGUAUAAUUCAUUGUUCAAAAAAUUUUAUUAUUAAUUCUGAUCUUGAUUUACCCUUUGUUAAAAUAUCAUUCAAAACAUUUGCUGAUAACAUUCGUCAAUUAUUAACUCAACACAACGGUUCAAUGCCUUUAGCUAGUUUUGCUCAAUGCUAUUCCUUUACUUUCGAACCUUUAAUUGAUCAUAAAGACGGUGUACCACUUGAACAUUAUGUUUCAUGCAUCAAAGAUAUUCAAAUCUUAACUGGACAAGGAUUUAUUAAAAAAGUUCAAUUUUCUCAAACAACAGGGCCAUCGUUUACGCCAACGCCAUUUGAUACAUCGAAUAUGCAUGUUGAUACAUGUGCUGAGGUUCAACAACGUUUGCAACAAUUUUCACGUGAAGUUCUUGAUCUGCUUAAACAUCAAAGUUCUCAUUGCCGGUUGCCUGUUUCAAAAUUUGUUUCGGCUUAUCAUCAAUAUUUUAAUCGGCAAUGUCGCGUUGCUGAUUAUGGUUUUUCGAAAAUACUUGAUCUUUUAUGUGCUGUACCGAAAUCAGUUCAAAUACUUGGCGAUGGAAAUAAACGUAUUAUAACAAUUAGUCAUCGAUGUCAAAUGAAACGUUUUACUAAUGAUAUUAUUCGUAUUUUGAAAAAUAAACCACAACGAUUAAUGGCAAUUAGCGAAAUUCCGAUUGAAUACGAAAUGGCUUAUAAAAAAUCAUUUUGUAUAACUGAUUUCGGUAUGUGCUAUUUGGAAGAUUUAGUUAAUGAAAUAAAAGAUAAUAAAGAAUUAGUACUCGAUGCUGAGAAGGGUAUUAUUAAGCUCUAUCGUAAAGAACGAACUGAUUUAGAAAUUUUUGCAACAAGCAAAUUUGAACAAGAUGUUAUUGAUAUGCUCCGUAUUUUACCAGAUUUUAGUAUAUCAUUUCAAAAAUUCAUUCCAUCCUAUCAUCAUCAUUUCGGCUACCAAUGUAAAGUUCAAACAUAUGGUUUUUCUCGUUUAAUUGAUUUACUCGAAGAACUUUCUCAUGUUGUCAAAAUUGAUGAAGAUAAACAUGGCGAGAAAAUUGUUCAAUUAACAUCAACUAUGAUGGAAAAGGGAAUAGUAUUAAAUAUCGAGCAACUUGUUCGCAAGUCUCAUGGUUCAUUGAAAGUUAAAGAUCUACGAACGCAAUAUUUACAAGUUUACCGAAAUGAGCUUAAUCCAGAAGAUUUUGGUUCAAGUAAUCUUGAAACAUUUCUUUGUACAAGAACCGAUAAAUUUGAACUUCAUUAUACAAAAAUUGAUGUUUCUAUUUCAAUUAAAGAAGCCAAUCCGGUGCAAGUGCAAUUAACAAAAAAUAUUGUUCUUACAUUGAUGCUUUCAAAAUGUCAAUUAUCAUUUUGGCAAUUGAAACAAGAGAUGCUCGUUCGUUUUAAACAAGAUAUCACUUUAAAUAUGUGUCGCAACGAGUUACGCGAUUAUGUCGAGGUCGCUGAUCAAACCAUUCGUUUAACUCCACCGAUGGUUUUUGCUUACAAUGUGGUACUUCUUUUAGGUUCAUGUGAUGGUCGCAUGCCUUAUGAUGAUUUCAUUGUUGAAUAUCAACGUCGAACUGGUUCCAGUCAUUUAUUGUAUCCAGCCGAUUAUGGAUUUCCAACAAUGCUUCGUCUUUUUGAUGCUAUUCAAAUUGUUGCUCAAGUUCGUGGUCGACGCAAUUUUAAAAUAAUUAUGGUCAAUCCUGAAUUUCGACUCGGACGAUAUAAUCAUCCGAAAACAUCGUUUAUACCACCAUUGACAUAA